AAUGGAUUGCGGGGACAUUGGGACCCAUAGAUGUGGGGCAGGGGGUGUCUGGCCCCAUAAGUGUGGGGCUGACCCAUAAGUGUGGGGCAGGACCCAUAAGUGUGGGGCAGGGGGUGUUGGGCCUCAUAAUUGUUGGGGAAGGACUUGGGCCCCAGGAAUGGGGGGUUGGGGACACUGGGACCCACAGAUGUGGGGCAGGGGUUGUCCGGCCCCAUAAGUGUGGGGCGGAGGGUCCGUCCGGCCCCACAUCCAUGGGGCAGGGCCGCUCUCCUCAGCUGGCCAUGGAGCGCUGCCUGGGCUCGGCCGCCGACCUGCUGGAGGUGCACAAGAAGCCGCUGCGGGAGGCGGAGAUCGCGGCCAUCAGCAGGGGGGCGCUGCGCGGGCUGGCCUACCUGCACCGCCUGGGGGUCAUCCACAGGGACGUGAAGGCCGGGAACAUCCUGCUGAGCGCCGUGGGGCAGGUCAAGUUGGGCGACUUCGGCUCCGCCGCCACGGCCGCCCCCAGCGGAGCCUUCGUGGGGACGCCCUACUGGAUGGCCCCCGAGGUGAUCGUGGCCGUGGACGAGGGGCCGUACGACGGCCGAGCCGACGUCUGGUCCUUGGGCAUCACCUGCAUCGAGCUGGCGGAGCGGAAGCCGCCGCUGUUCCACCUGAACGCCAUGAGCGCGCUGUUCCACAUCGCCCAGAGCGACCCCCCCCGCCUGCCCCCCGCCCCGUGGUCGCCGUGUUUCCGGGGGUUCGUGGGUUCGUGUCUCCAGAAGCAGCCGCAGGAUCGACCCACGGCCGACGAGCUGCUGCAGCACCACUUCCUGCAGAGGCCCCGCCCCCCGCGCGUGCUCCUCGCUCUGAUUGGCCGAGCCCAGGCGGCCGCCCGGGCCCUGGACCAGCUGCACCUGCGGCCAAUCAGGAAGCUGCUGCUCCCGGAUGGCCCCGCCCCCGGCCCCGCCCACCGGGACCCCCAGGGGGCGGAGCCCGCCUGCAGCCCCGAGCGCAGCCAUUGGCCGCCCAGCGCGUCCGUCAGCGAAUCCAGCGGCAGCAGCGGCGCCAGCGCGGCCAAUGACGACGACGAUGACGACGGUGACGGUGACGACGGUGACGACGGUGACGGUGACGACGGUGACGGUGACGACGAGGACGAGGACGAGGAAGGUCCCCCAUUGGCCGCCCAACACCCGCCCGCUGAGGAUGAGGACGAGGUUCCUGGCGGCGCUAACGAGGCGGCGCAGCAAUUAGAGACUGGGUUAACGAACCAGCGCCGCCAGUUCGGCCCCGGAGGUGACGCGGGGACACGGGGACCCCGAGACCCAAAUUCCCGCCGGUUGGCCCCAAAUUCCCCCCUUUCCCGCCCCAAUUCCCUCGGGUUUCACCCCAAUUUCUGCCCCACUUCCCCCCCCAUUGAUCGCCCCAUUGAUCCCCCCAGUUCCCCCAUGAACCCCCCCAGUUUGACCCCCAGUUUCCCCCCCAGUUCCCCCAUUGAUCCCCCCAAUUGCACCCCCACUUUCUCCCCUAUUGAUCCCAUUGGUCCCAUUGGCCCCAUUGACCCCAUUCAUCCCAUUGGCUCCAUUGAUGCCAUUGACCCCAUUGAUCCCAUUGGCCCCAUUGAUCCCAUUCAUCCCAUUGGCCCCAUUGAUCCCAUUCAUCCCAUUGGCUCCAUUCAUCCUGUUGACCCCAUUGAUCCCAUUGGCCCCAUUGACCCCAUUCAUCCCAUUGGCUCCAUUCAUCACACUGAUCCCAUUGAUCACAUUGGCCCCAUUGACCCCAUUGAUCCCAUUGGUUCCAUUCAUCCCAUUGAUCCCAUUGGCUCCAUUGACCCCAUUCACCCCAUUGAUCCCAUUGGCCCCACAGACCCCAUUCACCCCACUGACCCCGUUCACCCCAUUGACCCCAUUGGCCCCAUUGACCCCAUUGCCCCCAUUGCCCCCAUCCACCCCCCCCCUUUCCCCCCCCUCCCCCCCUCCCCGCCCCGCCUCCCUCCCCCCCGCCCUCCCAUUGGCCGCCGCCCUCCUGGCCGCCCUUUACCUCCGCCCCUCCCUCCCCCUCCUCCUCCUCCUCCUCCUCCUCUGGCUCCUCCCCCGCGCAGGGCGUGGCCACGCAGGGGGCGGGGCCGUGGGCGUGGCUUUAGCCCUGACCCUCCCAGACCCCUAUUGGCGCUUUGGCCUCUUGACCUUGACCCUGACGGCGGGAAUUUGGCCGUUUUUGGGUUUUUCCCCCAAAAACUACCGGGCGUACGCCCCCGUUUGCCUCCUGGCCGCCCAGUUCCUGCUGUUCCCGUGGCUCUUCCUGGCCUGUUACCUGCUGGGCGUGGGGGGGCGGGGCUUCCUGGGGGGGCGGGGCUUUGGGGGGGUGCAGCGCUGGCUGUUCCGGGGGGUGCUGCGCUUGCCCCCCCCCGUUUUCCGCCUCCUUUCCCGUUUGGGUUUCGUAUCCGAGCGCCGACUUUACCAAUUUUACCCCAAAACGAGACCCGCCUGGCACUUCCGCUCCCGCCUGCCCAUCCCCCGGCGCGGCCCCGCCCCGCCCCCCCCGCCCCUCCCCCAGCGCCUCUGGCUCCGCCUCCGCCGCGCCUGCCGCAACGGGUGGGGGAGGGGGAGGGGGGCGGAGCCUCCGAGCCGCAUCCCCCGCCCCUCCCCCCGCCCGCCCAAAGCGCCCCAAGGGCACGGGGGAGGGGCUAAAGCGGCGGGGGGGGCGGGGCGGGGAGCGGUGGCCCCGCCCCCGAGGAGACCGUGGAGGUGAUGGCGGAGCCAAUGGGGGGAGGGGGGGAGGGGCGGUUUGGGGCCAAAAGGGGAAGAAACGGUUCAAAGUUGGGGAACUUUAAAGAAAAAACGGGAAAUUUGGACAUUUUCAAAGUUUCGAACGUUUGAAAGUCGAAAUUUUUCAAAUUCUCCAACUUUUCGAAAUUUUCAAAUCCCAAUUUUCAAAUUUCCAAAGUUUCCAACAUUUUAAAAUUCUGAUUUUUCAGGUUUGAAAAUUAAAAAAUGGGGAUUUAAAACUUGAAAAGUUUGAAAAUUUAAGAAUUGGGAUUGGAAAAUUUUGAAAAGUUUGGAAAUUUGAAAAUUGGAAUUUAAAAAUUUUGAAAAUUUUUUAGAGUUUGAAAAUUGAAAAAUUGGGAUUUGGAAAUUUUGAGACGUUUGAAAAUUUAAAAAUUGGGAUUUAAAAAUCUUGAAAGUUUAAAAAUUUAUAGCUUAGAAUUUUAAAAAGUUUGGAAUUUUAAGAAUUAGGAUUUGAAAAUUUGGAAAAGUUUGAAAAUUUAAAAGUUGGGGUUUAAUAAUUUUGAAAAGUUUGGAAAUUUGAAAAUUACAAUUUUAAAAUUUUGAAAAGUUUGAAAAUUUAGAAGUUGGGAUUUAAAAAUUUUGAAAAGUCGGAAUUUAAAAAAUGAAAAGUUUGGAAAUUUAAGAAGGAAUUUUAAAUUUUUGAGAAGUUUGGGAAUUUGAGAAUUGGAAUUUAAAAUUUUGGAAAAGUUUGAACAUUUCAAAAUUGGGAUUUGAAAAUUUAGUAAAUUUGGAAAGUUUGGAAAUUUGGAAAUUUAAAAAUUUUGGAAAGUUUGGGAAUUUGAAAAUUGGAAUUUUGAAAAAAUAAGAAGUUUGGAAAGUUUGACAAUUGAAAAGUUUAGAAAUUUAAAAAUAGGGAUUUAAAAAUUUGGAAAAGUUGGAGAAUUUUAAAAUUGGGAUUUUAGGAUUUUGAGAAGUUUGAAAAUUUCAAGUUUGGGCUUGAAAAAUUUGGAAAAGUUUGAAAACUGGAAAUUUAAAAAUGAAAAAGACAAUUUGGUGGUUUUAAAACUUAAAAAAUGUGGAAAAUUAAGAAUUUCAGUGAAAAUUUGAAACGUUUUGGAAAUUUGGAAAAUGCCCAAAUUUAAAUGUGAAAAUUUUCAAAGUUUUGAAAACGUUGGGAGUUUGAAAUUUGAAGAUUUUGGGAAAAGUUUCAAAUUUACAAAUUUUUGAAUUUUGAACCGUUUUUCAAAUUCAAAAAUUUUCAAAAAGUUGAAAAAUUUGAGAUUUUUUCCAAAAACGCAGAAAUGGGAACAAGAAUUUGGGGCAAAAACGGGCGAUUUGGGCGUUAAAACAAUUGGAGGCGAAAGGGGGAAUUUUGGGGAUAAAAGGUCGAAUUUUGGGGCCCCAAAAUCCACAAUUUGGGGCAAAAUCCCCAAUUUUGGGGCAAAAGGAAAGAAUUGGGCCUUGAAAACUCACAUUUUGGGGCUAAAAACUCUAAUUUUGGGGGCAAAAAGGCUGAAUUUGGGGACUUGAACCCCCCGAAUUUUGGGGCGGGAAACCCCCGAUUAUUUUGGGGCCAAAAAUCCCUGAUUUGGGGGCGAAAAAAAAACCCCAAAUUUGGGGCCCAAAAUCCCGAAAUUUUGGGGCAGAAAACUCUAAUUUUGGGACCUGAAAACUCCCAAUUUUGGGGCCGGAAAGCCCAAUUUUGGGGGCACAAAACUCUAAUUUUAGGGGCGAAACGCCCCAAAUUUUGGGGCAGAAACGCUCGAUUUUGGGGCAGAAAUGGGUCAUUUUGGGGCCGGAAAUCGACGCAUUUGGGACCCAAAACCCCCCAAUUUGGGGCCAAAAACCCCAAAUUUGGGGUCAGGGACCCCUCCCCCCCCAAAAAAUUUGGGGCAGUUUCUCCCUUUUCCAUCAUUUUGUGUCAUUUUUUUUGUUCAUUUUCCCCGAUUUAUUUUAUUUUCUUUUGUGUUCAAUAGAAUUAUUUAAACUUC